AUGGCCCAAUAUACUAAUCUUUAUUCGGAACAAAAAAACUUAAAUAAUUUCAACAAAACUGAUUCCGCUGAAAUGAAAAUAAUGAUUGCUAUACAUAUGUUAUUUGGUGUAUUGAACUAUCCCCGGAGUCGUAUGUAUUGGGAAAACAAAUAUCGAAUAAACAUUAUUGCAAACAAUAUGUCCCGGAAUCGUUUUUUUCAGCUUCGAAAUUGUUUCCAUGUUAUUGAUAAUGAAUCUGUUUCAAAUGAUAACCGUGACAAAUUUGUAAAAAUUCGUCCACUUCAUAAUUCGUUUAUCAAACGGUGUUCCGAGCUUCCAAAAGAAAAAAAUUUAUGUAUCGAUGAACAAUUAAUUCCAUUUAAAGGUAAUUUGUCUAUAAAACAGUACAUAAAAGGAAAACCUACUCCGUGGGGUAUAAAAAAUUGUUUACUAUGUGGACAAAGUGGUAUUGUUUAUAAUUCACUAUUAUACCAAGGCUCAAAUACUAAUAUCAACGAUUUUAUGCAGAAAAACUACGGUCUAGGCGGUGCGGUUGUGCUCAAAUUAGUAGAAAACUUGAAACCUAAUAGUCACAACUUAUUUUUUGAUAAUUUUUUUUCGUCAUAUAAUCUUUUUGGCUGUCUUUUAAAAUAUAAAAUAUUUGCGAUUGGCACAAUUCGAUGCAAUCGAUUUUGUAACCCUCCAUUUCCGAAAGAUAAAGAACUUGCUAAGAUGGGUCAUGGAACCAGCUUUGAAGUGUCUUCAAUUCAUAAUAUUACGUUGGUUAAAUGGUUUGACAAUAAAGCUGUCAGUAUUGGUUCCAAUUUUAUUGCGUCAGGAAUUCCUAUUCAAGUAAAAAGAUUUGAUCGGAAGGAAAAAUGUUCGGUGAUUAUAGAAUGUCCUGAAAUUAUAAACAUAUAA